AAAAUAUUUCCAUCUUUCACAAUUAUGGAAUCUGGGCGAUCAAGUUUGUCCCAUUUGUUAAUUUUAAUUUGUUGACUCUCUGUUUUUCUUCUCUACCAAUCUUACUGUUUGUGAAGGAUUAUGGAAGAUUUAAUGAUGAGAGGUCGAGUGUAGGAGGGGAGCAUUAUUUGGGUGCAAUAAUGUGUCGCCAUUGAUUUAACCCCUUUUGGGGCUUUUUGCCUUUUGCUUUUGGUUAAAAUGGGUGAAAAGGUCUCAUCUUUAAUUUUGGCCUCCCCUCAUGAGAUUGAGGAAACGGAGACAAUGCUUCCCUUCUUGUUCUUCUCUUCACAGGGUUGAUGAGGAUGAAAUUUAUUGGAGGCAAGAGAAGGGUGAUGAGGAGUUGGAAUGGUCACAUAAUUCCACUCCUGUAAUAUUGCAGUUGGCUCAAUGUUUUACUAAUGCUAUGGUUGGACCACGAUCUUUGAUUGGAGGGCUUUUUACCCGGUCAAGUAAUAAACGGUCCGAGAAGUUUUCUGACUAUCCUUUGAGUCCUCUUCAGGAACAAAGACUUCAAAAGCUUCAUGAGCGAUUACAAACACCCUUUGAUGAUACUAGCACUGAUCAUCAAGAAGCUCUUAGAGCAUUGUGGGGUGCUGCUUUCCCGAAUGUUGUUCUAAAAGGCUUGAUCUCUGAGCAAUGGAAAGAGAUGGGUUGGCAAGGUCCUAAUCCUUCAACUGAUUUUAGGGGUUGCGGUUUUAUAUCCCUUGAAAACUUGCUCUUUUUUGCCAGAACAUAUCCGGCAUCUUUCCGUAGGUUACUGUUCAAGGAAGAUGGGACACGAGCAACUUGGGAAUAUCCAUUUGCUGUUGCUGGCAUCAAUGUAACAUUUAUGUUGAUUCAGAUGUUGGAUCUAUUCUCAGCAAAGCCAAGAUGCCUGCCAGGAAUCAAUUUUGUAAAAUUAUUAGAAGAUGAUGAAGCAGCCUUCGAUGUACUAUACUGUAUAGCUUUUGAAAUGAUGGAUGCUCAGUGGCUUGCUAUGCGUGCUUCUUAUAUGGAAUUUAACGAGGUGUUGCAAGUAACAAGGACACAAUUGGAGAGAGAGCUGUCUUUGGAAGAUAUCCAUCAAAUGCAAGAUUUACCUGCAUACAACCUGUUGUACAAUUAGCUUUUGUUAUUAAUUGCUCUUAUUUAAGACCAUGAAAACAUCACUUCUCUUCUAACUUAAAUUUUUACAUUUUCUGGAUAAAUUCUUGUGAAUGACAUAUAGAUGGUUACUGCAUGACUCUGAUCUAAACCUUAAUUCGACGGUGAUUAUGCAAAA